GACUGCUUUGCGGGCUUCAUUGAUGAGAAAGCCGACGAAUAACUCGCCAUUUUGAAAGGAGACGUUUUGUGUGGCUUAUCGUAUUAGAUUUUUGGGAUCUUCUAAUUUAAAGAACAGUUGGUUUUAUUUUAAAGGAAGCAUCUUGGCCCUUUUUAAUAUUCGCGAUGGAUUGUGUGUGGAUGCGCGCCGUCGGUGGCCGAUGGCGCACACUUUUUGCCAUUCUUUGUCUCUGUGAGCUGCGCUCCGCGAGUGGACAGGCUCGCUAUUCCAUACCGGAGGAGCAGGCGGAAGGCUCUUUUGUUGGAAAUAUUGCGAGAGAUUUGGGCUUGGACUUGGGCAGACUCGUGGCAGGUAAAGCUCGAAUCAUUACCAAAGGAGGCCGACAGUAUGUUGACUUAAAGCGAGACAAAGGCACGCUUGUGGUUAAAGAGCGCAUCGACCGAGAAGAGCUUUGUGGAAAGACGACGCCCUGCAGCUUCAGUUUUGACAUCAUUUUGGAAAACCCAAUCCAGCUUUAUCGUGUAACAGUGGAAGUCGUGGAUAUUAAUGACAACAGUCCCUCCUUCCCACAGCCUGAAAUUAAGAUGAAAAUCGCUGAAAGUGUCACAGCGGGCACUCGCUUCUCUCUCGCAAAUGCAGCCGACCCUGAUGUUGGUAUUAAUGAUGUUCAGAAAUAUGCACUAAAACCAUCGGAUAAUUUUAAAUUGGAAAUACAAAACCAACCAAAUGGAAGGAAGGUUAUCGAAAUGGUUUUGCAGAAGUCUUUAGACCGAGAAAGAGAGGAGAGCCUUAUAAUCAUGUUGAUUGCUUCAGAUGGUGGUGAGCCACAUAGAUCAGGGACGGUGAGAAUUCACAUCUCUGUGCUGGAUGCAAAUGACAACGCGCCAGUGUGCACUCAAUCUGUUUAUAAGGUCGAUGUGCCCGAAAAUUCACCUGCAGGGACGGUAAUCACUACUGUUAGUGCAAACGAUGCUGAUGCGGGUCUCAAUGGUGACGUCACGUAUUCCACUCCUCAUACUACCAAAGAAGAACAUCACCUUUUUAAUAUAAAUACUAAAACAGGGGAGAUCAAACUUGCAGGUAAAUUAGAUUUUGAGAAAUCCAGGAGCUACGAAUUAAACGUUCUAGCUAGUGAUCAUGGAGGUUAUACUGAUACAUGUAAAGUAUUCAUUCACAUACUUGAUGAGAAUGACAAUGUCCCCACCAUUGAAAUGAUGUCAUUUUCUCAGUUUAUACCUGAAGAUUCUCCCCCAGGUACAACCGUAGCUGUUUACAAUGUAAAUGAUGAAGAUGCUGAAGGCAACGGUGUUGUCAAGUGCUCCAUUAACGCUGACGUCCCUUUUAAAAUCGAGUCUUCUCUAACUGGUUACUACACCAUAGUGACUGAAAACUUUUUAGAUCGGGAAAAUGUCCCUGAAUAUAAUGUGACAAUAACAGUGUCUGACCAAGGCUCCCCACCUCUGUCGAGUAGUAAAAACAUAAAUGUUAAAAUAUCUGACGUAAAUGACAACCUGCCUGAAUUCCACCAGUCAGAAUACAUUAAGACUGUGCCGGAGAACAACACUCCUGGUUUUUCCGUGUUUACUGUCAGUGGUAGUGAUGCAGACUGGGGCCAGAAUGCUCGAAUGUCUUACUUCCUGGAGGAGAAAGAAGUUAAUGGAGUAGCUGUGUCUUCUUUUGUCUCCAUCAAUUCUGAGAAUGGUGUCAUCCACGCAGUCAAAUCAUUUGAUUAUGAACAAAUCAAAUCCUUUGACUUUAAUGUUACUGCCCGUGACUCCGGAUCCCCUCCACUCAGUUCUGUGGCCACAGUACGCAUCCUGAUCCAGGACCAGAAUGACAACUCCCCUCAAGUCCUGUACCCGGUGCAGACGGGCGGCUCACUGCUGGCUGAAAUGGUGCCUCGUUCGGCCGAUGUGGGCUAUCUGGUGACGAAAGUGGUGGCCGUGGACGUGGACUCUGGCCAGAACGCCUGGCUCUCCUACAAAGUGCACAAAGCCACCGACAGGGCGCUGUUUGAAGUGGGCCUCCACAACGGAGAAAUCCGAACUGUCCGCCAAGUGACUGACAAAGAUGCUGUCAAACAAAGACUGACUGUUGUCGUAGAGGACAACGGGCGGCCCUCUCGCUCAGCUACGGUCAUUGUUAACGUGGCGGUGGCCGACAGCUUCCCUCAAGUGCUGUCAGAGUUCACUGACUUGAGCAUGCACGACAAGGAGUACAAUGACCAGCUGACUUUUUACUUAGUCUUGGCGCUGGCGGUGGUCUCCUUCCUCUUCAUCACCUGCUUGCUGCUUAUCAUAUCGGUCAAAGUGUACCGGUGGAGACAGUCUCGCGUCCUGUACCACUCCAACCUGCCUGUCAUUCCGUAUUGUCCACCACGUUACUCGGAUACUUUGGGGACAGGGACUCUCCCGCACGUGUACAAUUACGAGGUGUGCAAGACCACUGACUCCAGAAAAAGUGACAUGAAGAACGUGCACGCCAUGAGUCAAAGUUUAGUGAGUGUGGAUGGAGUUGAUGCUGAAAUGCCCCAUGUGAGCAAAGAGCUGUCAGGAGACUUUUCUCGGAUGUCAACCUUGGUGAGUCAAAUAUUUCAAAGAUAUAUAUUUUUCUAUUUUCAGAACGGAAUGUUCAUGUCUACUCAUUGCUUUUCUUCAGGAAAAGAGGCGGUGUGCAUCGUUUGGGCUGGCUUCGAGAAAAACGGACCCGCUCUCAUUCGCUUGUUGUCUCAAACGGGUAUUUGUUCUUUGUAUUUUACAAUGGCAAACGGAAGACCUCUCAGCACAGACGGCAGAAAAUGGCGCAUCGUCUGCUUGCAUCUGUCAUUUCUCCUUUUUCUCAAUCCAGCGGUUGACGGAAAUAUCAGAUAUUCAAUUCCGGAGGAGAUGAAGAAAGGCUCUGUGAUCGGAAACGUAGCACAAGACCUCGGUCUGGAUGUGAAGAGACUGUUGUCCGGGCGAGCCCGCAUCGUGACGGGGGAGAGCGUCGAGUACACCAAGCUGGUGACAAACAAAGGGACUCUGGUGGUGAAUGAGAGGAUCGACCGAGAGCAGCUUUGUGGAGAUUUGACGCCGUGCAGUUUCAGUUUUGAGGUGAUAUUAGAAAAUCCCACGGAGCUCCAUCACGUAACUGUUGAAAUUACAGACAUAAACGACCACUCGCCGACGUUCAAAAGAAACGACAUCCGUUUUGAAAUCAGUGAAUCUGCAAAUACUGGCGCUCGAUUUUCUCUGACCAGUGCCGAGGACCAAGACGUAGGUCUAAACAGCCUGCGGGAAUAUUUUUUAACCGAGAAUGGCAAUUUUGUGCUAAAACAGCAUUCAAAUACUGAUGGCAAGAAAUAUGCGGAGAUGGUGCUUCAAAAGCCGUUGGACAGAGAGACGCUCCCCAGUUUGUCUUUGAAAUUAAUUGCAGUGGACGGCGGGAACCCACAAAGGUCUGGUACAGUCAAUAUUAAUAUUACUGUUCUUGAUGCGAACGACAACGCGCCUGUCUUCAACCAAUCCGUUUACAAAGCCGCCGUAAUGGAGAACGCUGCUCUCGGCAAUUUCGUCGUCACUGUUAAUGCCAUUGACGCAGACUUCGGGUCUAAUAGCCUUGUGACUUAUCAUUUUUCAGACAUGGACAGCAGCCUUCGCGAUGUGUUUGCCAUUGAUGAAAAAAGCGGUGUUAUUUCUGUAAAGGGCUCUAUUGAUUUUGAGAAAAAUAAAAAAUAUGAGAUGAGAAUAGACGCCAAGGACCAGGGUGGUUUGACGGACUCGUGUAAAGUAAUCGUUGACGUCACUGAUGUGAAUGACAACGCCCCCAUGAUGAGCGUCAUGUCCUUCACGAGUCCUGUGUCAGAGGACUCCCCCCCAGGGACAACUAUUGGGAUCAUUAACGUUAAAGACAUUGACUCGGCUGAAAACGGACAGGUGACGUGUAGAAUUGAGCAAAACUCACCUUUCAAAAUCAAAUCUAAUUUGAGAAAUUAUUACACGUUGUUAACAGAUGCGCCUUUAGAUCGUGAACGUGUGCCUGAAUAUAAUAUAACUGUUGUUGCCACAGACGCAGGACUUCCUACUCUGUGGACAAAAAAAUCUUUUAAUCUGAAAGUCUCUGACGUGAACGACAAUGCUCCGGUGUUUGCGCGUGCUGUUAACAGCGCAAUUAUCACAGAAAAUAACCCUCCUGGCGUUUCAAUUCUGACAAUUAAUGCGAAAGAUCCCGAUCAUAGUCAAAACGCUCGUAUUUCUUAUAUUUUAGAGGAUGCGAGUAUCGGUGGGGCUCCAGUGUCUGACUAUAUUUCUAUAAACGCAGAAAGUGGAGUGAUCCACGCAGCUCGCUCAUACGACUACGAGCAAAUCAAAGAGCUGAUAUUUAUUGUCAGGGCUCAAGAUGAAGGCUCCCCUCCUCUCAGCAGCAACGUAAGCGUCCGCAUCCUGAUCCAGGACCAGAACGACAACGCCCCUCAGAUCUUGUAUCCGGUGCAGACGGGCGGCUCACUUCUGGCCGAAAUGGUGCCUCGUUCGGCCGACGUGGGCUAUCUGGUGACUAAAGUGGUGGCCGUGGACGUGGACUCUGGCCAGAACGCCUGGCUCUCCUAUAAAGUGCACAAAGGCACAGACAGGGCGCUGUUUGAAGUGGGCCUCCACAACGGAGAAAUCCGAACAGUCCGCCAAGUGACUGACAAAGAUGCUGUCAAACAAAGACUGACUGUUGUCGUGGAGGACAACGGGCGGCCCUCUCGCUCAGCUACGGUCAUUGUUAACGUGGCGGUGGCCGACAGCUUCCCUCAAGUGCUGUCAGAGUUCACUGACUUGAGCAUGCACGACAAGGAGUACAAUGACCAGCUGACUUUUUACUUAGUCUUGGCGCUGGCGGUGGUCUCCUUCCUCUUCAUCACCUGCUUGCUGCUUAUCAUAUCGGUCAAAGUGUACCGGUGGAGACAGUCUCGCGUCCUGUACCACUCCAACCUGCCUGUCAUUCCGUAUUGUCCACCACGUUACUCGGAUACUUUGGGGACGGGGACUCUCCCGCACGUGUACAAUUACGAGGUGUGCAAGACCACUGACUCCAGAAAAAGUGACAUGAAGAACGUGCACGCCAUGAGUCAAAGUUUAGUGAGUGUGGAUGGAGUUGAUGCUGAAAUGCCGCAUAUGAGCAAAGAGCUGUCAGGAGACUUUUCUCGGAUGUCAACCUUGGUGAGUCAAGUUUUUCCAUAUUUUUGUGUUUUGGCUACAUCAGGUCGAAAUAAUUGCGCCUGCUUAUUAGUCAUUUUCGACCGGUUUACAUCCUUGGAAUAUUUUUACUUGCGUAUGGAGUCUAAAGAUAUUCUUCAAUGCCGAGGAGGAAUAUGGCGACGCAAAGCCUGCCUCUUUGUCUUUUGGUGUUUUUUUCUCAACGGAGCGCAGGCGCAAAUCCGCUACUCAAUCCCAGAGGAGAUGAAAAAAGGCUCGCUCGUCGGAAGUGUGGCCCAAGACCUCGGUUUGGAUCGAAAAAGACUCCGUUCCGGGCGCGCCCGCAUCGUGACCGGCGAGAACGUCCAGUACGCCGAGCUGAGGGCGGACAAAGGGCUUCUGGUUGUCCAUGAGAGGAUAGAUCGAGAGCAGCUGUGUGGAGACGUGACGCCGUGCAGCUUCACCUUUGAGAUUUUAUUGGAAAACCCCAUGGAAUUGCAUCCGGUAACCAUCGAAGUGUUAGACGUGAAUGAUAACGCCCCAGAAUUUGAAAAUAGGCAUGUAGAAUUUGAAAUAAGCGAGUCUGCUGCACUUGGCUCCCGUUUUGUUUUGGAGAGUGCGUAUGAUGCUGAUGUGGAAGCAAACGGUGUGCAGAGCUACGUUUUAACACCCAGUGAUCAUUUUGUUUUGAAACAACAUGUCAGUCCGGGGGGCAGAAAAUAUGCAGAAAUGGUGCUUCAGAAAGCCUUAGACAGAGAAGAACAGCCGCGACUCUCAUUAAAAUUAGUGGCCGUGGAUGGUGGGAAUCCACAAAGAUCUGGCACUGUCAAUGUCGAAAUUAUUAUUCUCGAUAUAAAUGAUAACCCACCCGUAUUUAAUCAAACCAUGUAUAAAGCGAAAUUAUUUGAAAAUUCACCCAAAAACACUCAUGUUUUGACUGUGAAUGCCACCGAUGCUGACAGUGGUUCAAAUGGUAUAGUUACAUACUCAUUUUCAAAAUCAAAAGUUGGAAUAACAAGCAUGUUUCAUAUAGACGAGACGACAGGGUGUGUAUCUAUAGCAAAACAAAUAGACUUUGAGAAAGACAAAAUAAUUGACUUCAUGGUUGAAGCAAAAGAUCAAGGUGGGCUGGGCGAGUCUGCAAAAGUGGAAAUAGAAGUCAUGGAUUUAAAUGACAAUGCUCCAGUUAUCAACGUAAUGUCCUUCACAAGUCCUGUACAAGAAGACUCCUCCGUCGGUGCCACUAUCGGUAUCAUUAAUGUAAAAGACCAAGAUUCUGGGGAAAAUGGCCACGUGAGGUGUGCAAUUGAAGGCCGCGUUCCAUUUAAAAUUAAAUCCAAUGUGAGAAAUUAUUUUGCAUUGAUGACUGAUGCUCAUUUAGACCGUGAACGUGUGUCAGAAUACAACAUCACGGUUGUUGCGUCAGACGCAGGAUCUCCUCCCCUUUCAAUUAAACAUACUUUUAAUUUGAAAGUGUCAGACGUGAAUGACAACGCUCCAGUGUUUCCGGUCAGCAUUUAUAGUGCAAACGUUGCAGAGAACAACUCGCCAGGUGUUUCUGUGCUGAGCGUGAGUGCCAAAGACCCAGAUGAAAACCAGAACGCUCGUGUCUCCUACAUGUUGGAGCAGAGUGAAAUCGGAGGAAGAUCGAUUAGUGAAUUUGUGUCUGUGAAUGCAGAAAGCGGAGUUAUUCUUGCAGCUCGCUCAUAUGACUACGAGCAAAUGAAAGAGCUGUCAUUUAUUGUCAGAGCGCAGGAUGGCGGUUCCCCUCCCCUCAGCAGCAACGUGAGCGUUCGCAUCCUGAUCCAGGACCAGAACGACAACGCCCCUCAGGUCCUGUACCCGGUGCAGACGGGCGGCUCGCUGCUGGCCGAAAUGGUGCCUCGUUCGGCAGAUGUGGGCUAUCUGGUGACUAAAGUGGUGGCCGUGGAUGUAGACUCUGGCCAGAACGCCUGGUUGUCCUAUAAAGUGCACAAAGGCACAGACAGGGCGCUGUUUGAAGUGGGCCUCCACAACGGAGAAAUCCGAACAUUCCGCCAAGUGACUGACAAAGAUGCUGUCAAACAAAGACUGACUGUUGUCGUGGAGGACAACGGGCGGCCCUCUCGCUCAGCUUCAGUCAUUGUUAACGUGGCGGUGGCCGACAGCUUCCCUCAAGUGCUGUCAGAGUUCACUGACUUGAGCAUGCACGACAAGGAGUACAAUGACCAGCUGACUUUUUACUUAGUCUUGGCGUUGGCGGUGGUCUCCUUCCUCUUCAUCACCUGCUUGCUGCUGAUCAUAUCGGUCAAAGUGUACCGGUGGAGACAGUCUCGCGUCCUGUACCACUCCAACCUGCCCGUCAUUCCGUAUUAUCCACCACGUUACUCGGAUACUUUGGGGACGGGGACCCUCCCACACGUGUACAAUUACGAGGUGUGCAGGACCGCCGACUCCAGAAAAAGUGACAUGAAGAAUAUGCAAGCCAUGAGUCAAAGUUUAGUGAGUGUGGAUGGAGCUGAUGCUGACAUGCUGCAUAUGAACAAGGAGCUGUCAGGAAACUGCUCACAGAUGUCAACUUUGUGCACAGGUGAUCAGAUUCGUUAUUCUAUACCCGAGGAGAUGAAGAAAGGGUCCGUGAUUGGAAAUGUGGCGCAAGAUCUCGGUUUGGACACGAAGAGACUCAUUUCUGGACGGGCUCGCAUCGUGACGGGAGAAAACAUCCAGUACGCGGAGCUGAAGCCAGACAAAGGGCUCCUCGUUGUGAGUGACAGAAUAGACCGGGAGCAGCUUUGUGGAGAUGUGACGCCGUGCAGCUUCAGCUUCGAGAUCAUUUUUGAAAACCCGUUAGAACUGCAUCGAGUCUUGAUUGAGGUUUUAGACAUAAAUGAUCACGCUCCCAUAUUUUCAAAUAAAGACAAAGCGCUCCUAUUUGAAAUAAGUGAAGCUGCUGCAGUUGGAGUGCGCUUUCCUCUGCAGAGUGCGGAGGAUCAAGAUGUUGGUCAAAAUGCGUUGCAAAAUUACAUUUUGUCACCAAACGAAGGGUCCGUGAUUGGAAAUGUGGCGCAAGAUCUCGGUUUGGACACGAAGAGACUCAUUUCUGGACGGGCUCGCAUCGUGACGGGAGAAAACAUCCAGUACGCGGAGCUGAAGCCAGACAAAGGGCUCCUCGUUGUGAGUGACAGAAUAGACCGGGAGCAGCUUUGUGGAGAUGUGACGCCGUGCAGCUUCAGCUUUGAGAUCAUUUUUGAAAACCCGUUAGAACUGCAUCGAGUCUUGAUUGAGGUUUUAGACAUAAAUGAUCACGCUCCCAUAUUUUCAAAUAAAGACAAAGCGCUCCUAUUUGAAAUAAGUGAAGCUGCUGCAGUUGGAGUGCGCUUUCCUCUGCAGAGUGCGGAGGAUCAAGAUGUUGGUCAAAAUGCGUUGCAAAAUUACAUUUUGUCACCAAACGACAAUUUUAUCCUAAAUCAGCAUGCUAAUCCAGACGGCAGUAAAUAUGUUGAAAUGGUGCUGCAGAAGCCUUUAGACAGAGAGCGACGGCCCCGUUUGUCUUUAAAAUUAAUUGCAGUUGAUGGAGGAACACCACAGAGAUCGAGUACCGUAAAUAUUGAAAUAAAUGUGUUAGAUGUAAAUGACAACGAACCUGUCUUUAACCAGUCGGUGUAUAAGGCUACUGUUAUGGAAAACACAAUGAAAGGAACUAGUAUAAUUACUGUAAUUGCUACAGACGCUGACAGUGAUUCAAAUGGAGUCAUCGUGUAUAGUUUGUCAAAAAUGAAAGGGGGUGCAGCAGAUAUAUUCAAGAUUGAUGAAAAGAGUGGCACAAUUUACGUAUCUGGUCAAAUAGACUUUGAAAGGAACAGAAAAUACGAAGUGAGAGUGGAAGCAAAGGAUCAAGGUGGAUUGACUGGGACCAGUAAAGUUAUAUUUGAUGUUAUUGACAUCAAUGACAAUGCCCCAGUCAUUAAUAUCAUGUCAUUUUCAAGUCCUCUGUCUGAGGAUUCACCACCUGGCACAACAAUUGCAAUUUUGAACAUAAAAGAUGAAGAUUCAGAAAGAAGUGGACAAAUAAAAUGUUCAAUCGAAAGAAAACUUCCUUUUAAAUUGGAAAUGUCUCUCACAAACUAUUACAAUUUGAUUUUGGAUCAGAAUUUGGACAGAGAAUCUGUUUCAGAAUAUAACAUAACAAUUACAGCCACCGAUCUCGGAACGCCUCCUCUUUCUAGUUCAACCAAGUUACAUCUCAGAAUAUCAGAUGUGAAUGACAAUGCACCGCUAUUCAAUAAAAAUAUUUACUCUGCUUAUGUCGCAGAGAACAAUUCUCCUGGCACUUCCAUAUUUGCUGUUUCUGCCGGAGAUGCUGAUUGGAAUCAAAACGCGAGAAUCUCUUACCUUUUGGAAGAUACACAGAUAACUGGCAGUCCAAUUUCAACUUUUGUUACUUUGAAUUCUGAAACUGGUGUUCUCAGUGCCGUUCGAUCAUUCGAUUAUGAGCAAAUUAAACAACUGGACUUGGUGGUCAGAGCACAGGAUGGUGGCUCCCCUCCCCUCAGCAGCAACGUGAGCGUCCGCAUCCUGAUCCAGGACCAGAACGACAACGCCCCUCAAGUCCUGUACCCGGUGCAGACGGGAGGCUCGCUGCUGGCCGAAAUGGUGCCUCGUUCUGCAGAUGUGGGCUAUCUUGUGACAAAAGUGGUGGCCGUGGAUGUGGACUCCGGUCAGAACGCCUGGCUCUCCUACAAAGUGCACAAAGCCACCGACAGGGCGCUGUUUGAAGUUGGCCUCCACAACGGAGAAAUCCGAACCGUCCGCCAAGUGACUGACAAAGAUGCUGUCAAACAAAGACUGACUGUUGUCGUGGAGGACAGCGGGCGGCCCUCUCGUUCAGCAACAGUCAUUGUGAACGUGGCGGUGGCCGACAGCUUCCCUCAAGUGCUGUCAGAGUUCACUGACUUGAGCAUGCACGACAAGGAGUACAAUGACCAGCUGACUUUUUACUUAGUGUUGGCGCUGGCGGUGGUCUCCUUCCUCUUCAUCACCUGCUUGCUGCUUAUCAUAUCGGUCAAAGUGUACCGGUGGAGACAGUCUCGCGUCCUGUACCACUCCAACCUGCCCGUCAUUCCAUAUUAUCCACCACGUUACUCAGAUACUUUGGGGACGGGGACUCUCCCACACGUGUACAAUUACGAGGUGUGCAGGACCACCGAUUCCAGAAAAAGUGACAUGAAGAAUAUGCAAGCCAUGAGUCAAAGUUUAGUGAGUGUGGAUGGAGCUGAGGCUGACAUGCCGCAUGUGAACAAGGAGCUGUCAGGAAAAUGCUCACAGAUGUCAACUUUGGACUUUACCCAGCGCUACUAG